UGGUUUGUGUGACAACAUCAUCCAGGACAUCAUCUACAGCUUCGUCGUCCUGCCCAACCGCAUCACCAUCCCUCUGGUCGGAGAAGCUCAGCUGGCCCAGCUACGCUUCCCCAUGCCCAAGGCCCUCCUGAGGAUCCACUUCAUCGAGGCCCAGGACGUGCUGGGUAAGGACAAGUUCUUGGGAGGGCUGAUUAAAGGAAAGUCCGACCCGUACGGAGUGAUCCAGAUCGGGACCCAGAUCUUCCAGAGCAAAGUCAUCCACGAGACCGUCCACCCCAAGUGGAACGAAGUGUACGAGGCCUUGGUGUACGAUCACGCGGGACAGAACGUGGGACAGAACGUAGAGAUCGAGCUGUUCGACGAGGACCACGAUAAAGACGACUUCCUGGGAAGUCUGGUCGUCGACAUCACCGAGCUGGAGAAGGAGCAGAAGGUGGACGAGUGGUUCGACCUGGAUGACGUGGAAACGGGGAAGCUGCACCUCAAACUGGAGUGGUUUUCUCUGCUGCCUACACCUGAGAAGCUGGACCAGGCUCUGACGAGCAUCAAAGCUGGUCGCGGUCACGCCAACGACGGCCUGUCGUCUGCGCUGCUCGUCGUCUUCCUGGAUUCAGCCAGAAACCUGCCGCGCAAUCCGUUAGAGUUCAACCCGGCGGGGCUGAAGAAGGCCUCGAUCAGUAAGGCCAUCAAGUCUGGUAAAAAAGUGACCAGUGAUCCCAGUCCGCUCGUCCAGUUCACAGUGGGGCACAAGUCCUUCGAGAGCAAGACCAGAUUCAAGACCAAUGAACCGGUGUGGGAGGAAGCCUUCACCUUCCUCAUCCACGACCCCAAAACCCAAGAGCUGGAGGUCGAGGUGAAGGAUGAGAAACACGAGUGUACGCUGGGGACGUUAACGCUGCCCCUGACUCGCCUGCUGGAGGCCGAGGACAUGACCCUGAACCAGCAGUUUCCCCUCAAAAACUCUGGACCGAGCUGCACCCUUAAGAUGAAGAUGGCUCUGCGGGUGUUGUGUAUGGAUAAGACCGCAUCCUCGUCCUCUGACCAGAACCCAUCCUCCGUGCAAGUCCGCAAGGGUAGCUCCAACAACCCCACCCCUCAGCCCUCCAUCUCCUCUGAGUCUCCCAAGCCUCCUGCCUCCUCCACCUCUGACAUCCCCCGCUCUGCCUCCGUGUCAGCUCAGGACAUGCUGAACCGGCGGAAGGAGGCUGAGGACGCCUUUAGGUCUUCAGGAAGCACAGAUUUUGGGCAGGGAGGAGGAGGAGGAGGUCGGGGCCUGGCUGCGACGGGGAGGAGCACCUCCAACCUGGCCAUCUCUGGUUCCCAGCAGUACCUGGCUGGAGGCAAAGAACCGACGCCCAGUAUCGCAUCGGACAUCUCCAACCCUUACGCUGCCCAGGAGCUGCAGCUGAGACUCCAGCAGCUGCAGAACGGUUCAGGACCCAAUCAUUUCCCGCUGGGUGAGGUGCAGCUGACGGUCCGACACAGCUCCCAGAGGAACAAGCUCAUCGUGGUCGUCCACGCCUGCAGAAACCUGAUCGCGUUCACAGACCACGGCUCGGAUCCUUACGUCCGCCUCUACCUGCUCCCUGACAAGAGGAGGUCGGGCCGGAGGAAAACUCACACCUUCAAGAAAACCCUCAACCCGGUCUACGAUCAGACGUUCGAGUUCACCGUCUCCCUCGUGGAGCUCCACAGACGGACUCUGGACGUCGCAGUGAAGAACGGCGGAGGCCUGCUCUCCAAACACAAAGGCCUUCUGGGAAAGGUUCUGGUGGACUUGACCCACGAGGAGAUCACCAAGGGUUGGACUCAAUGGUAUGAGCUGAGUGAAGACGGCCAGAUGAGGUCUCACCAACUAUAAACAAUCAUCAUCAUCAUCUUCGUCAUUCUACACACUUCCACUCGAGCCCACAGCGCGGCUUUUGUUAUUUUCAGUACUCGUAUAUCUGUACAACAACAAAAAAAAAAAAGCAGCUUUUGACACUCAUCUAAUCACAUCAGUCGCAAGGCAAACCUCCCCUUUAAGAAGAGAGCGGCUGAGCGACUAAAGGGAGUAAACAACGUGUAGAAAGCUCUAAAGCAUCGUGCACUGCUGUGGACGUUUAUACUCCGUGUGUGUGUAGGAGAAACUAGUCGUAGAGGAAGGCUUUCUAUUUUAAUGCAGCUGCAGCGGUUUAUCCUCGUCGAGUUUCAGUAAAUAAUGAUGAUGUUCAAGUUUGUAAAUAUAUUUAGGGAGACGCCGGACAGAAGAGACGAUGUAUUUUAGAGAAGGAGAGAGAGGUGUGGUCUCGUACCUGGCCAAAUGAUUGUUUUGUAAUUAAAGUUUUUUUUUUAAAAGAGGAACAUUCUGGAUAACGUUUCCAAAGCAGAGCAGGCAGGUGGUCAUGAGGAAAGACGCCACCAAAGACACAAGUAGUAUUUCAAUUUUUGCGCCCUCCUCCAGGGUUUUGGUGACGCAGCUGCACUCGUCUUUAUUCCAGCGUAACAACAACAUGUGUGUGUGUGUGUGGGUUAAACCAAGGGAAACGUACAGAUGUUAUUAUUACGCUGGAAUAAGACCAGCGUCGAGUGUUACCUUCUUGUUUUUAUUACUGAAUAUUUGCACAUUUGUUUUUGUUUUUUAAUCUAUCGGGGAUCAUCUUUACUCUUAGUUACAAUUUAAGCGCCGCCUAUAUCCAUCUAGCUUCAACAUGUGUGUUUAAGAAAAUCAUUUUUACAUUGAAUAUACGAGAGAUUUAUAAGUAAAACACGGAAAAAAAGUAAAAAACAAUAAAUAAGAGAAAAUCAACAUUUUGGCUCUCACUUUCCUAAAGGGAGUUAUAUUAAGUGGCUGUCUGUUAAAUAUGAAGCCACUGCAAGGGACAGGGUUAGCUUAGCUUAGCAUGAAGACCUGAAACAGUAGGGAAAAACUAGCUUAGCUCCGUUUAAAAGUCCCCAAAAUGAACCCUCCUGCAAAUUUAACCAGAAGUCACAGGUGGUCGUAAAUGAAAAUAAUGAAGCAUUAGGCGGCUAAGCCCUAAAACAAAUCAUGGUUUUUCACUCUAAAUAGGAGCUAAAUGUAAUAAACAAACAUCAUGAUGUGUUGGAGAAGAAUUGAAACAAGAGAUUGGAAUUGUAAACUCCUUACAAAAAAGUUUCCUGAAGUGAAAAAAAUCAUGUUUUCAUCGUCUUCUAUGCAGUUGGAUAUCACUUUGCAAACAUUGGAGUCGCCCCCUGGUGUCCAUUAAAGAGAAUGCAGGUUUAUGGCACUUCAAACCCUGAUGCAUAGUCUUCAUUGAAAGCUCCGUUUAUUGUUUUUGCACAGAGGUUGAAUUCAAAUCUACACAAAGCUAAACCCUUAAUAAUUAUGUCAUAUCAGUCUUAUUAUCUCACUAUUGGUCAUGAAAUGAGAACAAGCAAAAAUGUUGAACGGUUCCUUUUAAAGCUGAUUCCUGCUGGAUGGUUUAAUUAUCAGCCACAUUUUCUUCCUGUUUCUAAAGCCACUGUUUGUAGGGAUUUAAAGUCAAUCUCGUGCCCUCUAGUGGGAGUAUUUGAAAAUGCUGCAGUGACAACUAUGCGCUGAAUUAAAAAAUCCACAUCAUAAAGAGGAGCAGGCCCUUUGUGGUAAGUCUCAUUUAAAGCUACAGACACAAAAACAGCUUGUUCUGAUCAGGCGAGAUUGUAUCUUUUAAAUGUUCACAGGAGCUGCACAGAGGCAGUUUCCUAAUUAAUUAAUUGUGUUGACAUGCCGAUGAAAUAUCUUGUCUUAUUUGUAUUUUACAAGAGCACAACAGGGAUAUAUGUAAUUGAAUCCCCUUUUUGUACUAAUCUAAUCUUUAUAUUUUAAUUAAGCCUUUAUUUGGACAACGAUAAAUGGAUACAUAUCGGCCCUGCCCUCUGCUCUUCUUUGAGACACGUUCAGUAUUUACCACUGUUAAUUUGAGAACUAAAGGUUAAACACACCUGCACGAACAGAGAGGGGCGCGCUCUGAUUUUAACAGCCAUUAAGAAACUAGAAGAACCGUUCUGAAUCAACCAAAGGGCUCUUUAGUGACCCAACGUCUCUACAAAUAGUGGCUCAAUAGUGGCUGUAAACGUCACUCUCCCUACCAUUGGCUCGAGCUGAAUUCUCCGGAGAAUAUCCUGCCGCUUCCUCACAUCAGCUCACUCGGACUUGCUGCAGAAAAAAAUCUAGGAGUCUGGCAGGAGAAACUCCAGGUGAAGUCUGAGUGAAAAAUGUGUCUGUUUGCGUUCACACAUGCAGCUCCUCCUCCUGGAGUUUUUUCACAAGUUUUCUGCAGGUGUGAAUGCCCUACAUGGGCUCUAAAUGGGCUUUUAAUUUUUCUUUUGGUGUUUUUCUUUUAUUUUGGCGGUGCUCACUGCAGGGUGUUUCAGUUUCAGUCUCGGUGAGGUUGAACUCCACUACAAUCAUUCUCGCGUUCUGUUUAUGAAUCGACAUGAGUCUUAACUUUGUUGUGAAGUGUCAUUUUGAAAAACGUUGUCGUGUCUUAUUUUGUGGAGAAACGAAACGUGUGCGGUCUGAACGAAGAUUGAAAAUGACAUUUUACUCUUUUUUGAAAUAUUUUUGUACAUUCACUCAUCAUUUUUAAUCACUUUGUCCUCACAGCACUCACACAGAAUACAUAUUAUUAUUAUUAUUAUUAUCAAACAUACUCGAUGAAUGCUGAUGUUAUCUAUGCCGUGUACAAAGCCAAAGAGCAGCAGUUCAGAGGGAAAUAGAAUGACCUUUAACCUUCAUAUCACACCUGUAAUCUGUUUUACACAUGUGUAUGUCAAUUCUGCAUUUGAUGUCUUUUAACGUUUUUUAAUUUUUUAAUUUGUGUUCCUAAUCCCUCACAGCCCCCGUCUCUGACUUGUGCGUUUCAUUUUAUAAGAAAGAAAAAAACAUGUUUGUUGUGUAAAUCACGAGAUCUGCGAUUUCAUGCCUCUGGGGUGGCGGACUCUCGUCUUCUCCAUCUUCUUAAUUUAUCUUGUGCCUUAAAAAAACCCACACGACCCAGAGAGAAUAAAAUGUAUUUAAAAAAAAAUGUCAUUCUAAAAUGCUCUAACAGUUUCCUGUGUUUCUGAAUGUCUCAUACCUGUCUUUAAAAUGAAUAAAGAGCUUUAGCUGGAUAAUAACAGCGUGGAGCUGUACAGCA